AUGCGUCUGUCCAACGCCCGUCUAGCCGUCUGGGCCUCAUUGGUCCCUCACGUCAUAUCUUUCGCCUACAAGCCUCCCUCCAGCACAUAUGAUUAUGAUGUGGCCAUCAUCGGUGGAGGCUCCGGCGGUAUCCAUGCGGCUAUCCAGCUGAAGGACGCUGGCGCCAAGGUCGUCGUUAUUGAGAAGAAGGACCAGAUCGGAGGUCACGCUGAGACAUACACCGACCCUACCUCAGGCAUACCCGCAAACAUUGGCGUCAUCAUCUUCGAGGACACGGAAGUCGUCAAUAACUACCUUGAUCGCCUCAAGGUUGAAAAGGUCAAGGGAAACCCGGCUGCUGAAGCUGGAACGCCUAAGCUUUACGACUUUUCGCUAGGCAUUCCCAUCCCGCCGCAGACUCCAGAGGAACAGGCUGCUUCACAAAAGGCCAUUGCGGACGCACUCAAGGUCUACUCCGAGCAGGUCAUUCCAAAGUAUCCCUGGAUUGAUCAGGGAUUUCUUCUCCCUAAUCCCAUCCCAAAAGAGCUUUCUCAGCCUUUUGGAGAAUUCGCCCAACAGCACGGCUUUAGUGCUUUUCUGCCCAGUAUCGUCCAGUUCAACUGGUACCCGGGAAACAUCACCACCAUCCCGACUCUGUACGGCCUCAAGAGCCUCGGUCCUGGCCUGCUGAAGAGUCUUGCUGGUGGGUUUGUUUUUCCCGCGUCUGGCGACACACGAAACAUUUACAAGGCCGCCGCUGCCGAGCUUGGGAGCAGUGUCCUGCUCAACUCAACAGUUGUUCAUGUUCAACGUAACAAGAAGGAUGGCGUCAUCCUCAUCGUGCAACAACCCAACCACGCUCCCAGGACUAUCAGAGCCCGAAAGCUCGUCGUUGCAGCACCCCCAACUCUCAAAAACCUUGACCCUUUCGACCUUGACAAGAAUGAGUACAAGCUCUUCUCCAAGCUCUCUGGCCUCGGCUAUUUCGCCGGCAUUGCCGAUAUCCCUGGCAUCAACGGGAGCAUCCAAAACGUCGGAAUUCAGACACCUUUCAACACUCCUGUCAUUCCUGGCAGCAUCGGCUACUACCCUUCAGGCACACCCAAUCAGGUUACCCUCGGUGUGGCAUUCGAUACCACCGACUACACCGACAGUGAGGCUGAGGACGUUGUACGCAAGGAACUCGCCACACUUGCGGCUGCAGGUGCACUGCCGGCCGACGCCGCGGAGAAGGUCACGUUCCCCUACGUCUCGAACCACGCCCCUUACAACCUCCGUGUUUCUGGCAAGGAGAUUCGUAAUGGCUACUACCGUAAGCUUCUCAAGCUUCAAGGUUCGCGCAACACUUACUGGACUGGGGCUGCCUUUGCAGGACACAACAGUGGUUUGAUUUGGACCUGGAAUGAGGGUACCGUGCUGCCUGCCCUGAAGAAGGAUCUUGGUCUGUGA